AUGCUCACGACAAACUGGCAAGCUGAUGUUGUAAUCUAUGAGAUGAUGGUGUUUAUGCCAAUCUAUGCAGUUGUAUUAUGGGCGAUAUGGUUCAUGAGACCCAGAAAAUCAGCAUUUAGGACACAUUAUUAUACUUUAGUUAUGUCACAGGGUGCUGCUGACUUUCUCACUGUUAUUAUUUUCGUCACUCAAAUGCUUCCCCGAUAUUUCAACAUUGGAAACUCAUUAGUCUGGUGGCUCGAUAAUUACGGAGCUUCUAAUUUUUAUGUGAAUUCUGGUCCACAGAUGUUUAUUUUGAGGUCAAUCGGAUUGUUUUUGAUAACGAUGCAGAGAUAUGCAACGAUUUGUAGGCCACAUGGAAGGCUGAGCCAUAUACUUUCCAUCACUUCCUCGUUUACUUUGAUUCUAUGUCACUGGCUAAUCGCAUUUUCUCUUCACAUGCCAGCUGUUCUGAUCUGUCACGCGCACUUUGAGAAUCCUCAGUCGUUUUUCGUCAUUACAUCUGAAGAUCAUAAAAAGACAAGCGCUACCAUCGUCAUUUGCACAUUUGUGUUCUGUGGAAUAUCCACAUUAUUUAUGUAUUCUUCCAUCAUUCGAAUUUUGUGCUCAGCGAAGCGUACAGUUGUUAUGACGACUAAUAGUUGGCAAUCUCGUCAGAACCGUUACCAAGAAGCUCGUCUCUGCAUCCAUGUCUUCUUUCUGGCCGUCAUGUCAGCUGCCACAUUCUCUUAUUAUGUCUUCCAAGCAAUUUACUCCAAUGAAAUCGGUGUAGGCGACGUCGUUUUGUCCCAAUAUGAUCCUGUGUCUGAAAAUAGAAAUCUGCAGCAAGAAGCUCUACGUUCACUACGUCUAUGGUAUCCAUUGGUCUCCGGGAAUCUGAGUUUCCUCAAUCCGUUAAUGUUGUUAUUAUUGAAUCGAGAUAUUCAGAAGUGUUUUGUGAACUUUUGCAGUGGAAAAACUGUGAGUGGAAGGGAGAGUUAG